AUGACUCGGCCGAUGCUGUUGGCGCUGCUUUCCGCGGCAGUGCCUGGAUGGAUAGUUGACGCUUGGCCCGUCAUAUCUCAGGGUCCUGACAAGAGCUUUGGACGUGAAGCUGAACCCCUGGUUGAACCCAAACAAUCGAGGGGUCCGUCAUGGUUCUCUCAGAGCGCCACAACUACCACCACGACACUAACACUGUCGGUGCCAGGGUCGACCAGCCAGUCCUCACUCACCCCGAGCGUCCCUCUUUCGCGGACCACUUCUGGCUCGACAACCCCGUCACCGAGUCCACCUCCAGAUGUUGGCAGCUCCCACUCUCUGAGCUCGGGAGACCGGCAGACGUCUAGCGAGACCCGAUUGACCGAUACUAUGCCCACCGCCAUCAUUACCUCAAGUGGAUCCCAACCCACUGGCACCGUUCCCGAGCCUUCUUCAAACGAUAGCGAGUCUGGGACUGGGAGCAACAGGACGCUCAUCAUCACUCUGAGCACCGUGUUCUCGGCGGUAGGGUUGGCUUUGAUUGCAGGGGUAGUGUUGCUUUGCUACCGAAAGCGACGCGGCCGCCUGCCGUUGCUUCCGCGAGGCGUCUCGCCCAUCGACGACGACGAGAUUGAGAGGUGGAAGUCGCCUCGGGAUGAGAAGGCCAGAUUCCAGGUCGGGGAUACCGACAUGGAGGCCGAGGCAGCCUUCCACAAGAAGACGGGCCGGCCAUCACACGCCAAACAUUUCUCGACUAGCUCUGUUAAGAAGCCACCCAGCGUGAUCGUCUACAGCAGAUCCCACGAGUCCCAGGCCGUACGCCACUCGACCGAUGCCGAAUCCCGUCGCUCCUUUGUUCAGAACCAUCCGGCCUACAGCAGCAAGACCAGCUUCGACAAAACCCUCCCGCAGACCCCCAUCCAAGCCCGCGCACCCAACGCCCGUGCGGGCCUGACCGAUGAAUCCCUCCCUGGCGAUGAGCCUUUCAUCAUGAGCCCCAAACGCACGCCAUCCCGCCUCUCCAAACACCCACCCAACUCGUCAUCGGGCCGGCGAGCCAACCACGCCAGAGCAAGGAGCUCGCGGAGCAGUACCCGCAGCUUUGGAGAGUACUAUUACUACAGCUCAGACGGAGGUGGCGGUGCCGUCGGCGGCGGGGGCACCACUUCGGCUGCGGGAUCCGAGCUGGAGCUGUCGGCGCGGCACUCGUCGCACGAUCAGCCUGGCAUCCACAGUGGCAGCAGACAGCACAGCCCGAGGAAUUAUGGCGGCGCGCCCACCGGCAGCGGCAGUAGUCACUCGCGCGUGUACUCGUCGUCGUCGAUCCCGCCGAGGCUGUCGUUUGGCGACGAUGGUGUGCUAUUCGGGGGCUUGUCGCCCGCCCGGUCAAGGUUCAUGGGCGAGGGCGAGAUUGGGCGCGCCAUUGGCUGA